UUGAGGCACUGAAUGGGUCCCGGAACCGGCGGCUGCGGCUCCUCUGUCUCUACCUGACGCUCAGCGGUCGCUCAGCCUCAGGUUUCGUCAGGCGCUGGGCCACCAGGUUCAUGUGGAGGCUCCCAGCCGCCCGCGCCGCGCUUCGUGGGGUCCGCAAGGCGGUGGAGCGGCACAGUCGGGCCGAGACGGCCACUGAGACCGCGGCGGGCGUGAUGGAGCGCGCCGUGGUGCGCUGUGUGCCCUCCGAGUCUAAGCUAAGCCUGUCGUUCGCGCUGGCCGACGGCAGCCACAAGAACAUGCAGCGCGACCAGAGCGAGCCGCUGGGUCGGGCCCUCAGCCGGAUCGCUACCAAUGCCCUCAAAGGCCACGCCAAGGCGGCCGCCGCCAAGAAGAGCAGGAAGAACCGGCCAGACGCAAGCGGUGGCGUGGCCUGUGCGGGGCCUGGGCCCGAGCCGGCUGCAGCCUGCGAACCCGUGGUGAAGCUGUAUUACCGGGAGGAGGCAGUGGCUGAAGACGUGCUCAACGUGGACGCCUGGCAGGACGGUGCGGUGCUGCAGAUCGGCGAUGUCAAGUACAAAGUGGAGCGCAACCCGCCCGCCUUCACCGAACUGCAGUUGCCGCGCUACAUCAUGGCCGGCUUCCCGGUGUGCCCCAAGCUCGGCGUCGAGUUUGGAGAUCCCGCCGGCUCCCUCUUUCGCUGGUACAAGGAAACCAAACCUGGAGCGGCGGAGCCUGAGGGCGGAGCCCCCUCGUUAUCGUCUCCCUCUUCGCCCUCUCCUGGUUGGACUGAGACGGGUGUGGACGAGCGCGUCUACACCCCGUCCAAUGCCGACAUCGGCCUAAGGCUCAAGCUUCGUUGCACCCCAGGCAAUGGGCAGCGCUUCGGGCCAAGCCGGGAGUUGGAAAGUGUGUGUCCAGUGGAGGCCGGGCCUGGCACCUGCACCUUUGACCACCGGCAUCUCUACACCAAGAAGGUCACGGACGACGCUCUCAUCCGCACUGUCUCCUACAAUAUCCUGGCAGACACAUACGCCCAGACUGAGUUCUCGCGGACGGUCCUAUACCCGUACUGUGCCCCUUACGCCCUGGAACUCGACUACCGCCAGAACCUUAUCCAAAAGGAACUCACGGGCUACAACGCCGAUCUUAUCUGUUUACAGGAAGUUGACCGUAACGUGUUUACUGACAGCUUGAUGCCGGCUCUCGAGGCCUUUGGGCUGGAGGGCGCGUUUCGAAUCAAGCAGCACGAAGGCCUGGCCACUUUCUACCGAAAGUCCAAGUUCAGCCUCCUUAGCCAGCAUGACAUUGCUUUCCAUGAAGCCCUGCAGUCCGACCCACUUCACAAAGAACUGCUGGAGAAACUAGCUUUGUACCCAUCAGCGCAGGAGAGGGUGCUCCAGAGAUCUUCUGUACUUCAGAUUUCUGUUCUUCAGUCUACAAAGGACUCUUCUAAAAAGAUAUGUGUUGCUAAUACCCAUCUCUACUGGCACCCCAAAGGUGGGUACAUUCGUCUCAUUCAAAUGGCAGUAGCCUUGGCUCACAUUAGACAUGUCUCUUGUGAUCUGUAUCCCGGCAUACCAGUUAUAUUUUGUGGGGACUUUAAUAGUACCCCAUCAACAGGAAUGUAUCACUUUGUCAUCAAUGGCAACAUUCCAGAGGAUCAUGAAGACUGGACUUCCAAUGGGGAAGAGGAACGGUGCAACAUGGCUCUUACUCAUUUCUUCAAACUGAAAAGUGCUUGUGGUGAACCUGCUUACACAAAUUACGUUGGUGGUUUUCAUGGAUGUCUGGAUUACAUUUUCAUUGACUUAAAUGCUUUAGAGGUUGAACAGGUGAUUCCAUUACCUAGUCAUGAAGAAGUUACUACCCACCAGGCCUUACCUAGUGUUUCCCAUCCCUCUGAUCACAUAGCACUUGUAUGUGAUUUAAAAUGGAAAUAGAUUUGUGUCUAAUGGAAUUUAACUCUGCUUUAGUAGGAAAUUUAAUAAGAAUCAAAGCUUAUGUGUAGCCUUCAAAGAGGAAAACUGGACACUAAGGUAAAAUACUCUUACCAUACUAGUUAUGUUCUAGUGUCUUCAUUACAUGACUAUCAUAAUAUUUGCAUAAUAUAAUAUAGUUUCUGUACCCUUUUUUUCUACACUUGGAGGAAAAACAUAUUUAUGGCUGUCAGGAUGAACACUGUGUACAUUUUAUAAGUACUUUUUUUUUUUGCUAGUCAUUAAGAAUUUUGUAAAAAAAAAAAACAAAAACAUUUGAAUGAUCCUGUAAUUUUUCUAUCAUAAUACACAUUUCAGAUUAAAUCAUGUAAAUAUAAUUGGGGGAAGCACAUACAAGUUAAAGUGAGAGGUCUAACUUCUGACACAUGGAAGGAAUAACAUUAGGGUCUACCUCUACCUCAGUUUGGUUAGCAAUUUAAUACAACUUCAGAGCUUUAACAAAAAUUAAAAUAUACGGUUACCAAUUCCUAUUGCUUCUCAUCUUUCAUUUUUCAAUUAACAUAAGGUAUUUUCAUUCUCUUAUUUUUAGGAUUUUAAUUUUUAGCAUAUGGUACAAAUGAAUAUAUUUAUAUUCCCAUUCUUAUUGCAGCUUAUCUUAACUUUUAGGAUGCAAGCACUGUUUAGUAUUCAAAGUGAACAUUAACAUUGUCAACUUGAUCCCAUUGUCUUUAACACUCUUGCCCAUGAAAAAUGUUCAUAAAUCAACAGAGUAUUUGAGGACUUCCCUGGUGGUGCAGUGGUUAAGGAUCUGCCUGCCAAUGCAGGGGACAUGGGUUCAAGCCCUGGUCUGGGAAGAUCCCACAUGCUGGGAAGCAACUAAGCCUGUGCACCACAACUACUGACCCUGCGCACUAGAGCCCUCAAGCCACAGCUACUGAGCCCCCAUGCCGUAACUACUGAAGCCCACGCGUUCUAAGGCCCAUGCUCCUCAACAAGAGAAGCCUGUGCACCGCAAUGAAGAGUAGCCCUCACUCGCCACAACUAGAGAAAGCCCGUGAGCAUCAACAAAGACCCAACACAGCUAAAAAUAAAUAUUUUAAAAAUAAAUGUCAACAGGGUAUUUGACCAUAUAGUAUUAGAGAAUGUAGCACGAUAUAUUACUUUAUGAGAAACUGCCUAUUGAUGGGCUUGAAACUGGGUGAACCAUGGAGCAUUUCUAUGCUACAAGUAUUUUCCAAAUUGUUGGUUUUUCUAAACAGGAGAAAGGGAGAGUAGUAAUGGGGCUUUUUGAGCAUUUCUGGAAUAAACUUAUAGACUUGAGCAUUAUAGUUUGAGUUACAGGAUAAUAUUGUAUAUGUAAUUUAUAUAUUAUUAAAAAAAUUUAAGUAUGAAGCCAAACUCUUGAAAAUUACAAAUUAUGUUUUACUGAUUAGAGUCUACCCUAGAGUAGUAACAGCUUUUCUGACUCAGUUAUCACCAUACCUUCUUUGUAAUGCUUUAGCAGUUGCCUUCUUGGUGUUCAGGAUAACCAUAAUGUUAUCUAGUAUUUCUGCAUUUAACUUCUAGCUUAGGUAGCUAGAGCUCACUUCAAGAAGAGCUGUGAUUUUUCAUAGUCAUGAAGGCCUUUGUUCCACUUUCUUUAUUCUCUAAACCCAAUACCAUAAGAACUUCCCACUUUUGAGAAAGAAGUCUGUAUAUUCAUAUUAUGCUCACUAUCCAGUGUAUUGUUUACUCUUAGUAAUUUUGGGAAUGAGAGGGUUUUACCUGCACUUCAGAUUGAACCUUGAGGUGCUUAAAAGUAUUUGAAGGGAAAAAUUAAGGUGGUUCUUGGGAUCUUGUUUAGAAAAAGCUGUAAAUGAAAACUUUUAAAGUUUGGUUUUGGUUUGCUUUCAAACAUGUUGACAAGACUUUUACAGUAAGUUGAGAGAAAACAAAAAGUUUAAGCAAAAAAGUUGAGAAACCUAAAAGAAAAAAGUGUAACAUGACAUCUUCAUGGCCAUGAGAAAAACAUACAUGUUGAACUCUGGUCAGAAAAAUUUUAAACACUUAUCAAACAUUCCACAUCCUCAUUCUCUAAAUUUGAUAUUUACUGGCUAACAAUGAUCAGACUGUAUACAGGCAUUUCAGAAUAUUAGAAUAUAGAAUAUUAUUUUGAAGUGCCAUGUCCUCUGCUCACAUAUCUAGUAUACAGAUACAUUCAUAUGACUACUCCAAAGAUAGGGAACACUAAGAAAACUGUAUAAAUAGCAUACCAAAAUGUCCUUAUAUAUGAGUUAGAAUAAAGUGUUAUUCAGAAAUGUUUGUGUUUAAAGCCAUCUCUGUGAUUGGAUUUUUCUAUUACAUUUGGAUUUUUAAUUAUUUAUUUAUUAGCUUUCUUGGGUCUUCGUUGCUGCACACGGGCUUUCUCUAGUUGCGGCGAGUGGGGGCUACUCUGUUGUGGUGCACAGGCUCCUCAUUGCCGUGGCUUCUCUUGUUGCAAAACACGGGCUCUAGGUGCGUGGGCUUCAAUAGUUGUGGCACAUGGGCUCAACAGUUGUGGCUCACAGGCUCUAAAGCGCAGGCUCAACAGUUAUGGCACACAGGCUUAGUUGCUCUGUGGCAUGUGGGAUCCUCCUGGAGCCAGGCUCAAACCCGUAUCCCCUGCAUUGGCAGGCGGAUUCUUAACCACUGCACCACCUAGGAAGCCCAGUAUAUUUAAUCUCAAUAAAAUAUGGAAAGUCUAGCAAUUCUGGUGAAGCAUAUUUUGUGAUGUUACAAGUUCUUACUAUAGGAAUUAACAUUCUGAAAUUUUAUAUUAUUGAUUACAAACUACUAACAGUAUUACAGAACACAUUAUCCUGUUAAAUCAGUUCUUACACAGUUGCCACUACAAAUGUGCACACUGGUAGUUCAUAAUUAAUUAGUGAACAAAUCAUUUCUGGCUAUAAUGUGAUGUUCUUUAAAAUUCUAGAAACUAAAAUCAGUUGUUUCAAAUUUUCAAGACUUUACUGGUUGGUGACUUUUUCAAGUCAUUACAAUGUGGUGGUUUCAGUCCAAAGGUAGAUCUCUGAGGAACAUAAUUAAAGGGAGAGAAGUCCAAAGAAAACUGCUGUGGGAAAAUCUCCCUGGUAGAAAUUGAAGCCUUUAGAUCUCAUAUUCUCCAGUUAUGAAAUACAGGCAGAAAUUCCCUACAAACUAGUUUGAGACAAAACCGAAGCCCAUAUAUAAUUAAAGAUAAAAGUUUGCACUACUGGUUUAUCAUAAGACCCACAUGACAACUCAAUAGGGAAAGUCUUUCCUCUAAAAAUAGCCAACUACUUUCCCAAACAAUUAAAAAACAUUUAAAUGUGAGAAUUCCCUGGCAGUCCAGUGGUUAGGACUCUGCACUUUCGCUGCUGAGGGCCUGGAUUCAAUCCCUAGUUGGGGAACUAGAUCCCACAAGCCACGCAGCCAAAAAAAAAUUGAAUGUUUUGAAAAUUAUAAUAUUUGCUCAAUAUAGUACUAGAAAAUGCUAUCUAGAUUUCAUUUUGGGAGAGGAAACAAUUUUAACUGAUUUUGAUAAUAUUCAAAUUCUGUGAUCCCACACUAUGAGAAAGUAUAUGCUUUAACAUUGAAGGUGUUAGAGCUGUAUUAACUUGGGUGAUUUUUUUUAGCACUAACCUCAGAGUAACAAUGCUACAUUGAGAUGACAAUACCAAAACAUUUUUUAAAUUGAGGUGAAAUUCACAUAAGUUUAACCAUUUUCAAGUGCAUAAUUCCAUUACAUUGAGUACAUUCACAAUGUUGUACAGCUAUCAUCUAUUUCCAAGACAUUUUCAUCACCCCAAAAGAAACUCCAUACACUAAUCAGUCACUCCCCGUUCCCUCUACCCUCCCACCCCCCAGCAACUACUAAUCUGCUUUCUGCCUCAGUGGACUUCCCUCUUCUGGAUAUCUCAUAUAAAUGGAAUCAUAUACUACAUGACCUUUUGUGUCUGGCUUCUUUCAGUCGCCAUGAUUUUAAGGCUCAUCCAUGUUGUAUGCAUCAGUAUAUAAUAUUCAUUCCUUUGUAUGGCUGAAUAAUAUUCCAUUGUAUGGGUAUACCACAUUUUGUUUGUCCAGAUGGACAUUUGGGGUGUUUAAAUACAUUUUGGCUAUUGUGAAUAAGGCUGCUUAUGAACAUUUGUGUGCAAGUUUUUGUUUCAACACCUGUUUAAAUUCUUUUGGUUAUAUACCUAAGAA